UUUCGUAGGGCACUGACUGUAUGCCUGAAGAAAGCAAAAACAGUGGAAGGCUGCCAGAUGAUGUGGCUUCUUUUAUUGGGCCUAGCCCUAGGACUUCUUGGAACAGCUUUGGCAACAGGUACAGGCACUGAUGAUCACGAUGAUUACCCAAUUCGGCUUGUUGACGGUGCGACCGAUAACGAAGGACGCGUUGAGAUCCUCUUCAAUGGCCAAUGGGGAACCGUUAACAGCGAGGGUUGGGAUUCCCGAGACGCUAGCGUGGUGUGUCGACAGCUUGGCUUCUACGGCCACAACUCAUCGGUUGGUAGUGCUUACUUCGGUGAGGGGACCGGCACCAUCCUGAUUACCUAUGUCGGCUGCUUGGGGAAUGAACAUCGCCUAACUGACUGCGCCUUUGAAGGUUGGGGUGUCCUGGCAAGUCAUGCGCUAGAUGUCGGCAUUCUCUGCCAGACGGAUAACGAUUUUCCAGUAAGGCUUGUUGGUGGAACUUCGGUACGGAACGGCGCACUCGAAAUAAACUUCCGAGGUGAUUGGGGAAGUGUAUCGUCUGACAAGUGGAACGCCUUGCAGGAUGCCAGUGUGGUUUGCAGAGAGCUGGGCUUCAACGGGUUGCAUAUAUCAUACGCACUCAAUCGUCUAUUCGUUAGUUCAUCGCUCCUCCAAGGUGUUGAAUGCAGUGGGGAGGAGAUGGUUCUUGCUGAUUGCGCUAUCGAUGGUUGGUUACUGGCUAAAACCUCCUACCGAGUUUUCGUGUCUUGUGGAAUUGAUGACGAAGCAUUCUUGACCGUUCGACUGGUGGAUGGGCUGUCUUCUACCCAGGGACGUCUGGAGGUUAACUUUGACGGCCAUUGGGAAAGUAUAAACAGUAAAAACUGGGAUGAUGCAGCCACCAGUGUUGUGUGUAGACAACUGGGACAUUACGGCCAUAAUGUAUCCGUGCAACGCGACUUCUUUGGGCGGGGUGAAAUGCGCGCAUUGAUUCCAUACCGGUUCGAGUGCAGAGGUGACGAGGCCACACUUGCAGAGUGCCAGAUGAGUGAUGAUGGCGUCGAAUACUAUGGAAGUUCAGUGGGAAUAGUGUGUCAGGCAGUUGAGGAGCACCCAGUUCGACUUAUUGGUGGUCAUUCCAACGUAUCGGGGUUGGUCGAAGUUUUCUUCAAUGGUUACUGGGUAGCCGUGUGUAUGAAUGACAACACUGGUGAACUGUACGGACGUGUAGUCUGCUCACAACUCGGUUACGACGGACCAAGCGUGAGCACGAAUGAACAGUUCUUCACUGGUGGGCACGGACAUUUGGUUAAGUAUGGUAUGGAUGCUGUACAGUGCGCUGGAAACGAGACUAAGCUGGUGGAUUGCGCCUUCAAAGGCUGGGGAACUCGUAGGUGUCCAUCCUACUCUGUCGGUGUUGUGUGCCAAUCAGGUGAUGCGCAUCCGAUUCGAAUCGUAGAUGGCAUGUCAGAUACGGCUGGUCGUGUUGAGGUACUGUUCAAGGGAACAUGGGGAGCUAUAUGCAGCGAUGGAUGGGAUAACGCAGAUGCUAGCGUAGUAUGCCGGCAGCUAGGCUACUUCGGCCCAAACGUCUCGGUGAUUGUUCCACUGUACUACGGCUCAGACUUACCACUUUAUCUUACCAAUGUCGGCUGCAAGGGUCACGAGGACAAGCUCACGAACUGUCCUCUCCGAUGGUGGAGUGUUCCAUGUUUCACACUUGCAGGUGUACGAUGCCAAGCAGAGGAUGAGUACCCUAUCAGACUUGUUGAUGGUCCAUCGAGUACGGAAGGUCGCGUUGAGAUGUUUGCCAACGGCGAAUGGGGAACAGUAUGUAACGACGGUUGGAACGCCAAUGCUGCCAGUGUCGUGUGCAGGCAGCUCGGCUACAACAACGGGUCCAGCAUAUCUAUCGCCAAUGAACUCGUUGAGCAGAGCGCCGGUGUUAUACAGUUAAGUAGUGUGAACUGUAGAGGCGAUGAAGAGAGACUGAUAGAUUGUUCAUUCCCUUCCUUGGGGGCUUAUUAUUGGACCUGUACCGGACAUGGAGCUGAAAUCGGCGUUAUUUGCCAAGCAGAUGAAGACUUCUCCAUUCGUUUAGCUGGCGGCGGUAAUCCGAAAUCUGGCCGUGUAGAAUUGUUUUUCAAAGGUCAAUGGAGCACUGUAUGCAACAUGGAAUGGGCUGAUUCGGACGCUGACGUUGUUUGCAGACAGCUGGGUUUCUUUGGGCCCAGUAUCGCAUUCACCGGAAAAAUCCCGGAUGGGGAGCUGCGUCCCUUACAUAUUUCGUUUGAAGCUUGUCGUGAUGAUGAAGCCAGGCUGGCGCAGUGCAUUCUCGAGGAAACUAUCCCUGGCUUCUAUGGUUGCAGACGCGACACUGCUGCGGAGGUGAUAUGCCAAGCAAAUGAAACUUUCCCAGUUCGUCUUGUGGACGGUAUGUCCUAUGCAUCCGGACGAGUUGAAAUAUUCUUCAACGGCCAAUGGGGAACCGUUUGCUCGCUUGACUGGGACUUGGCAGACGCCACGGUUGUAUGCAAUCAGUUGGGCUUCGACGGAGCAGAAGCUUCAGUCUACCAUUCCCUCUUUGGAGAAGGCACCGGGCCUGUUGUGAUGAACCGUGUUCAGUGUAGCGGCAAUGAGAGCAAACUGGCUGAUUGCCCUUUUGCCGGAUGGGGAAAUACACGAAACUACUGUGAAGAUAUCGUAGGCGUCAUAUGCAAUAAUUCGGCUUUUGGACAAACAUGCCCGCCUCCAGAAUCAUCAUAUAUUGACGGAGUCCCAACCAUCGAGGUCAUAAUUCCUCGAGGAGAAUCGACAGCCAACGUGAACUGGACUCUGCCAACGCUUGUCAACGUACCAGAAAGUUACGAAGAAUACACGACGUGCAAAGCCAUUGGUGAUGAGACUUCCCGUAGGCCGUGCGAGAGUGGCGGGUCGUUUGGCGUCACAAAUAUCCUAUGGACCCGGUUCAACAAUAAGACAGAGGUGGAAGUGGUAAUGGUGGUUGAUCUGGAUGGAAAUAACUCUGUCAGUCACCGAUGUACGUUCUACAUAUCCGUCCGAGAAAGUCUCGUCAGAGAUGGAAUUAAUCCCUUUGCUCGAAUUCCUGUGGAAGGCCAAGACGUGCCGGCAACCACCGCUGGUUACAACUCAAGCAAAGGGCCAUGUCCUGAGGAUGUGACGUAUAAUGAGGCGUUUGGCUCCGUCACAUGGCCUGCGACUGAGGCUGGUGUACAGGUGGAAUCCGUGCAGAAAUGCCCACCGAUGACGUUAAAUGCUGGUAGCCCAGUCGGCAAGAGGAAUUGCUUACGAUGCAAUGACCAAGAAGAACCCAGGUGGGACGAACCGCAAUAUCAGAGCUGUGACGAACAAGUAGGCCUACAAAAUACGGGAGGGCAAGCGCCGGUUUAUUCAAACGGAAGUCACGUGGCCAAGCUUCUUUCUCAGAUAACAUCUUUGGAGAUGUGGAGCAAUGGCCAACUGUCUGGACAGAACAUCAACACAAUAGCUGACAUCUUGCAGAACAUUUCCAGUGCUGGUGUCGGCAAUCCUCAGGUUACUGAUGAAGUUCUUGACGUUGCUGAUAAGACCAUGCGUGCUUUGAAACGCCACGACGCAUCUGACAACACGGAAGCAGGCAAGCUUGUCAGCAUUGCACAGUCAAUCGAGACUCAGGUCUCCUGGACCCUUCGACAGCAGGGUGAGGUCAGUGUCCAGAAGGAUUCCAUCAAAGUCAAAGCGGCCAACCGCAACUCCUCCGAUGUCAGCGGCGGUCUAAGCUUCGCCUUGGUCCGUCACCAGAACGGUCUACCGCCCUCUGCCGGUCCAACGCCGGAGGAUGGAGCCUUUUCCGGGUCAGAGGUCAGAGUUUAUGAGAGCAGCGGCGAAAUACCAGAUGAAACGAUUGCAGCCGUCAGUCUACCAUCCAAUCUGUUGGCAUUGGUCGAGGCAGAAAAUGGCAACAGCUCACUGAUGUACAUUGCUACUCGUUUCAUCGCCUAUGGGGAUGACUCUCUUUUCCCUUCGACAAGGAAAUCCUUGUCAGGAACAGGAACCCGUUCGGUUAUUCCCGGUGCAGUAGUUUCUGUUGCUGUCGAGGAUGUGGAGCUACGGAACCUGACUGAACCAGUUGUUAUUCAGAUUCAGCUUCCAGUGAUUAUCAACAUCAAAGAGGUCACGUGUGUCUUCUGGGACUUAACUCUGAGAAACGGAGUCGGUGAUUGGUCCAAUGCUGGAUGUGAGUUUCAGGGAGUGACCAAUGGGCGACACAGAUGUCAUUGUAAUCACGCAACCAACUUCGCAGUAUUUGUAGAACUAGAAGACGAGUUGAAGUCAUACCAUCGAGCAUUGAAUCCAAUCACACGGAUUGGCUGCAUUGCAUCAGCAGGGAUGUACGCGUUCAUGCUGUUGAUGUAUUUUCCGUUCAGGAAGCUGCGCGCGCUGAAAUCCGGCCAAAUAUUCGCCCAGUUCAUCCUGUCGCUACUGUUAUUGUACACUGUGUUGGUGUCCGGAGUAGAGAAUGCGAAGGUUUCAACCUACGGUUGUGUAACUGUGACUGCUCUUCUGCACUACUUGCCACUAUCCACAAUGAUGUGGACGGCCAUUGAAGCAAGAAACAUGUACACCAAUGCUCUGACGAGGCAAACUCCUACGGAUGGAACUUAUUACAUGAUCAUUGCGAGUACCGUGGCGUGGGGACUCCCCCUGAUUGUGACAAGCAUAUCGCUGAUAGUUGCAACUGACCAGUACGGCACCGCUGAUAACUGCUUUUUAGCGCCAAAUCUGGCGAUGUACCUGGGCAUCCUCCUGCCAAUCUGUCUCAUUCUGGUCAACAACGUCGUCCAUUUUGCUCUGGUGGUGCGCGUCCUGCGCAAAUCCAAGGAUGAGCCUCCCUAUUACGCGCAGAUGACAAAACGCCUGGUGACGGCCGUGGGGAUCUGCACUCUGACAUUGGCUGCCUGGUAUGUGGGAUAUCUUUCCCUGCAGGCUGCGUCAGAUGCCUUCUCAAUCAGCUUCUGUGCGGUCAACUUGGUCCAGGUUGCUCUUGCCUGCUUCAAAGUACACCUCAUCGUCAAGGGAGACACUCUGUCCUCAGGCAAAGCCCAUGGCGCCGAAGCGGCUGAUGCUGGGAGCGAGGAGAACCCACCUGCCUCCCCGUCUAAUGUCCAGAUCGCCCUGCCUACUCUCUCGGAAGCUGGACCCGAAUCGGACGGCAAGGAAGACGGGGAUCAGACCGACCUUGCAUUUGACGCGUCCUUGUAAAGUUCCAAGGGGGAUCAGUGACAAGAGAUCUAGCGGGAGUACGUGACUCCUGGGAAUGUUGUAACCACAAUUCGUGCACAUUAAUGUUGCGAUAAGACACACACGGAGUAUGUAGUCAGUGUUCGGUAUUAAUAUAUGUUUACAUAAAAAGGUGAAUGUGAAGUUGUAUAAACAUGAACACCUAGUUAGAUUUGACUUUAGAAAACAGUCAUACUUUCAUCCAGCCGACUAGGCCUACUACAGCUAGGGUCAUCUAGGUGCAAAUUUAAGUAAUAUGUGUUUCAGAGUGCAGAACAAAUACGAAAUAAGAACUUUUUAGAAAUCACUUUUUAGAACUCAAGUAUUCUGGAUGAAAGCAAACACAUACACUUGAUGUUAUACGUGUGGAUGAAUGUUGUUUUAUCGUGCACGUGGUAAAUCAAUGUAAAUCAAAUUUGGAAUAUCGGUUUUUGGUGGUUUUUUUUUUACCCACUUGACUUACUUCUGAAAGCGAUUCCUAGCCCAUUAUCACUACAAAAAUGUCCGUAAACUUGGUCCUGUUUUGACGUGUAGUCGAAAUGGGUUGGGAAACACAACAAAGGAUGGCUACCUCAUGAAUUAAGACCAAUCGUUGUAUCUUGUACAAUCCUUGCCUUUGGCGGGCAACGGGGGAAAAACUUAUGAUUUUCAGAAAUUAAGAUUUGAGGCUUGGCACGGUGAAGAUACUAAUGAGUGAAAGGUUUGCGGAAACACGGGCAUAAUUUCUCAACUAAGAGAAUGGUUCUGAAAAGAAUCAUCUCUAGCCUGGUUCUUUUCACAACCAUUCUCUUAGUUGAGAAAUUAUUCCCAUGGUGUUUCCGCAAACCUUUCACUCAAUUUUGAGAUAAAUCUUAGCGAAGUUCAUUGUAAUAAACGAUUCUUAUCACUGUACUGCAUUAACGAUGCAACUUUCAAUAUUGGGUGGGGAGGAGAAGAGCACCUAAGUUUCAGACCAGUGUUUGAUUAAGUACUGUGUGAUGUUGUGUGGCUGAUUGUAAGCAAGACUUGUGACGAUUUAUUCCGUAAAGUUGUCAAGCACCGGUAAAACAGUGUUGUGUUUAAAUAAUCGAGUGUACUAGUUUAAGCGUCAAAAGUUGUCGCAUUCGUAACACGUAAAUUCUAAGUAAUUCGGUGUUGGUCAAGUGAAAAGCCAUUCAAAUACACUGUGGCAAAAGCACAGACGUCAGAGAGUAAAUUUAGAUGCAUGACAUAAAGGGUGGUGUCCAUUUAGGAUCAAUGUUGUACUUGUAAAAUGAAGGUGAAUAUUGUUGUAUUGUUUUUUUUAAAUAAAUCUGGGGGGAGGGGGACACAAGAAAGUCUUAAGACAGUUGAGAUCUCAGUAGCAGAAUAGGGGAGGGGGCUUGGUUGGGGGGAACGCCCCAUUCAGCCGCUGACUCAUGUUAGGAUACUAGGGACAUUAAUACUAAAUGGAAUGCUAAAAUUUCUCAAAUUGCCUUGGAAUGUAAAGGAGAAAAUAUCGUUUAUUUCAACCUUCCGGGGCCAUUCGGAACGUCUACACUUAAUCCCCUUUCAUAUCACCCCCUUCCCCAUUUUUGAAAGUAAGAACCGCCCACGGAUUCAGGAAAAGGAAACAGGUACUUAAUUUGAGUAAUAAAGAGUUGUCUGAGCGGUGUUAUGUAUUUGUUUUGUGAUUUUGGGAAAUUAAAGCGUUGUGAAUGUUGUCAUGAGA